AUGGCAAAUCUCAUCGCGCUCGAAGAACAUUACGUUUCUCCCCUCCUCGAUGCCAAGAAAGGCGGGGCCCCCAGUCCCGACACAUUCGGGCCCGUCAUAGUGGAAAAGCUGGGGGACAUUGGCCCGGCACGUCUCCGUGAUAUGGCCGACAACUCCGUUGCCAUGACGGUCCUCUCUCACUCACCAGUUCAUCCCGAUCCCGAAACCUGCAAAGCCAUUAAUGAUGAUCUACAUUCCAAGAUCAUUCAUCAUCCGGCCGAGUACGCCGCCUUUGCAGUCUUGCCGAUGCACGAACCUGCCGCGGCCGCCGCUGAGCUCUGGCGCUGCGUCCAGGAUCUAGGCUUCGUGGGCACGCUCACGGGAAACCACCUCGAUGACGGCAGCUUCUUCGAUACACCCGACUUCUACCCUCUCUGGGAGGCCGCACAGGAGCUAGAUGUACCAUUCUACCUCCACCCGACAUUCCCAUCCGAGGAGGAAUCCAAAGUCAACUUCCAAGGCCCCUAUGACCCCGAGAUCGCAAAGGCGCUGGGUAGCUGGGGGUGGGGCUGGCACUCCCGAACAGGUCUCCACUUCCUCCGCCUCUUCGCCGCCGGCGUAUUCGACAAGUUCCCGAACCUCAAGAUCAUCCUCGGCCACAUGGGCGAGAUGCUCCCGUUCAUGUUAGAUCGCAUCAUCGGUGGCCGGCGCCCGGGGGCGGGGAGCGAAAGCGCGGGCUGA